CCCCGCCCCGGGCCUGGGGGGCGGCGCUCCCGCCCCCACCGCCGCUGGCCACUGGCCUGCGCUGCUGUCCGCCCGCCGCGGGAGCCGGAGAUGGCUGCGCAGGCACCGGAAGUCCGCGGACUGGCCGUCUUGGUGCUGGUGGAGAGGCUCGGCCACUGAGACGGGGGCCCCGUCGCCAUGGGCCUCCCAGGCUGACCAGCCGGUUGCUGCCGGAGACCCCGGCCUCACCCGCCGGGACCAUGCCCAGGGUCCCCGAGUGCCUGCUGCGGCCGCUCCAGGGCGCGUCGCGGCAGCGCCUCUGCACGCUGCUCCUCGUCAGCUUCAAGUUCACCUUCGUGGUUUCCCUCCUGCUCUACUGGCACCUGGCGGGGGACCCCGGGGGCGGGGGCCAGAGCCUGCCCGCUGACGUGCCCUGCCCGCGCCUGGAGCCGGCGCGCGCGGCCGGGGGCGCGCCCUCGCCGGGGAACAUCUUCUUCCUGGAGACGUCGGAGCGCACCGACCCGCACUCGCUGUUCAUGUGCUCGGUGGAGUCGGCGGCGCGCGCCCACCCCGACUCGCAGGUGCUGGUGCUGAUGAAGGGGCUGCCGCGGGGCAACGCGUCGCGGCCGCGGCACCUGGGGCUGUCGCUGCUCGGCUGCUUCCCCAACGUGCAGCUGCGGCCGCUGGACCUGGACGCGCUGUUCCGGGGUACGCCGCUGGCGCCCUGGUACGCGGCGGUGCAGCGGCGCUGGGAGCCCUACCUGCUGCCCGUGCUCUCGGACGCGUCGCGCAUCGCGCUGCUCUGGAAGUUCGGCGGCGUCUACCUGGACACGGACUUCAUCGUGCUGCGCAGCCUGGGCAACCUGAGCAACGCGCUGGGCGCGCAGUCCCGCUACGUGCUCAACGGCGCCUUCCUGGCCUUCGAGCGGCGCCACGAGUUCCUGGCGCUGUGCAUGCGCGACUUCGUGGCGCACUACAAUGGCUGGGUGUGGGGCCACCAGGGCCCGCAGCUGCUCACGCGCGUCUUCAAGAAGUGGUGCGCCAUCCGCAGCCUGCAGGAGCGCCGCGCCUGCCGCGGGGUCACCGCGCUGCCCUGUGAGGCCUUCUACCCCGUGCCCUGGCAGAGCUGGCAGCGCUACUUCGAGGACGUGCGCCCUGAGGAGCUGCAGCAGCUGACGCGCGCCACCUACGCCGUGCACGUGUGGAACAAGAAGAGCCACGGCCGCCGGCUGGACGCCUCGUCCCGGGCGCUGCUGGCGCAGCUGCACGCCCGCUACUGCCCCACCACGCACCAGGCCAUGAAGAUGUACCUGUGAGCGGCCUCUCGGUCACCCGCUGGGACACCACCACCAAGGUGUCCGCCAGGGAUGUCCCAUCGGCCCUGGGCUCCGCUCCCUCCCAGAGCCCAAAGGGAGGCCCCUUUGGCCAAGCUCCGUCCCAGGGAAGGAAGGUCUCA